AUGCUCGCGCUGACGAGCGGAUGCGAGCUCAGCCAGAUAUCAACCGGAUGGACAACGCUGACGCAUCUUUAUCUUUACAGCGAGCCAGAUAAAGCCCAUCGAGAGCCCUCCCAGCCCGACGGCAGCUCCGUGCAUCUCUCGUCUGCGCUUGCCCGGAUGUCUUCUUGGGCAGACCUCGAUAUGCGCGGCGCCAUCCCGCCGCACACCUGCACCUCUGCGCCGAGCGGAAUUCAGGCAAUUGAUCUUCCUCGGCGCGCUUUGCUCGCCAUCCGGGACGUUGCCAGUAGUCACUACGCAGACUACGAGCACGGCGAGUCGCGUUAUUAUCUGCUCCAGAUGUGCCGGCAGCACAUGGCCGCGGUCUUCAAGCGGACCCCGGUAUCGCACAUCGCGUUGGCCAACAGGCCCGAUGAAUUCUUGGUGCAGGGGUCCCGAGGGCGCCUUCGCAAACCCACCGACGUUCGGGAUUCUGCAUUCGCAGCCGUCCUGCGUCGAUGGGGAGCUCGUUUCCCGUGCCGUAACCAUCGUUCCGGCGCGGCAGCCCCACAAACUGGGGUCGGGUCGGAGGGCGUUGAUGGCUUGGAUUUGGCAUUCCCCGCGUAG